UGACAAUAAAAGAAAACAGACAAGUUUUACAGAGUUCACAUUCAUAUAACCGCUUCACUGUAAAACCGCAUCAUUUCUUAUAUCGGUUUCAGUCGAUACGCGAGCGUAACAGUUUCUAAUCAUGAUAUUUCCGAGUCUGAUUUUUAAAAUUGCGUUCAUUUUACUCGUCGCCUUUUUAAAUAAAGUUUCUAAUUCACUUAUAGACUCACCGAUCUUGGAAAGCAUUCCAGGAGACAUUGCCAUUGAACAAAACGAUUUCGUAAAAUCGUACGGUUUGGAUCCGGUAGGGAAUUUAGUGUCCAUUGAAGUACCCGAAGACGCUAACCUUGAUUUCAACGGUCUCGCCAAGAAGUACGGGCAUCCGUGCGAAGAGCAUUACAUCGAGUCAGAGGAUGGUUAUAUCACCAAGUUAUUUCAUUUACCGGGAGAUAAGAAACGGCCGGUACUCAUGAUGCACGGCAUCUUCGAUUCUGCCGAUACUUUUAUCAUCAGAGGCAACAGAUCAAUGGCCAUAUCCCUCGCGAACACUGGCUACGACGUGUGGGUGGGAAACAUGAGAGGAAACAAACAUUCCCGGAGACACGUUACUCUGAAUCCCGACAAAGAUCCUGAAUUUUGGAACUUCAGUUACCACGAAAUGGCGUUGUACGAUCUACCUGCGACUAUCGACUACAUCCUGGGUCACACCGGCCAGACACGGAUCUAUGGUAUCGGUCAUUCCCUGGGCAACAAUAUUUUCUUUGCAAUGACGUCAAUGUUGCCACAAUAUAACAAAAAAAUCAGGAUUUUCAUUUCGUUAGCACCGGCUGUUCACCUUGACAAUAUUAAAUUGCCGACAAGAAUACUGGCUGUGCUAUCUCCCCUUAACAACUAUUUGUUGAAAGGUACUGGGCAAGAGGAAAUACUUGCGGAUUCAACCAUCCUGUUUAAAAUUUUACGAAAAGUUUGUCCGAUUGGUCUGCCUGGAUAUAUUUUAUGCGCUGAAUUGAUUAUAUUUUACAUAGGUGGCUACGAUAGGGCAGAACUAGAGCGUGAAUUCUUGCCGGUCGUUAUAGGUCAUGUUACCAGUGGUACCUCAAGGAAAAACUUCAUUCACUUGGCGCAGUCGGGUAAAUACGGGGUGCCUGGCAGAAAACCUCCCCGAGUGUUCAGUGGCUGCUGGUCCUUUUGUUUUCUUGAGAGGACGAGCAGGCGCUGGGCCGGUGCACCCUGGGCGUGGGCAACAAUCUCCUCGUGAGGGGUGAGAAAGAGGAGAUUGUUGCCCACGGCGAAUUUCUGCCGGGGCGGAGGAGUCGCUCCCGAGGGCUCUCUAUCUGCGCUCUGCAGCUGCAGAGUACACGACUAGGGAGCAAGGAAGGGUAGACCACGGGCUGUUUUACAGUUCGUGGCCUAGGGGUCUCCGCUACGUGUACGUCGCGGUGAUCGAGGUGGAGAAGACCGUGGGUUGCUCCUCAACCUGCGGCCUAGGGGCAUCCGUGGCGAGGUGAUUAAACCACGGUGCCGGGUGGUGGCUAGUUUAAGUUACUUUAGUUUCGUUUACUUUAGCUA